CUCGAUAAUGUUACAAACAAUCGAAGUAGGGGUACAUGAAUCUGCCCGGGUCUACAAUUAAACAUACUUUCCCUAUAUUGCACCCAAUUAAGGUUUAUACUUGGGAUUUAAUUGGGAGUUUUAUUGUGGUAUUCGGGACAAGUCAAGUUUUUGGCGCCGUUGCCGGAGAGCAAACGGUUCAUUAUUUUGAAAAGAUUGUUUGGUGUUAAUCUAGCUUUUACUUUUCUCUUUUGAGUUUAUGAAUCUUGCUUGUGCUAGACGUGUUGUGGUUCUUUUGACUGUGUGCAGGGAUGUGUAUGACCCGGAGUAAUCCAACACCUUUGGCGCCACUAGACGAGAAUCUCAACCGCACUUUCUGACACUUGGCUCGUGAGAGGGAACUGGCAGAGGCAAGAAGGAGGAUAGAAGGGGAAGUUGUAGUUGAGGAUGGGUUUGAUUUCGAAGAGGAAGGAAGUGAAGCCGAGAUGGCGGCUAAUCAACCCGCUCAAGGUGGAGCGGUCGCGGAGGAGCAACCAAGGACCAUGGGCUACUACCUGGCUCCAAUGGCGGCGGAUAUUCAACCUGCCAUUCGACAUCCGCCCGUGGCUGCCAACAAUUUCGAGAUCAAGCCCGACCUUGUCACCAUGAUCCAAAGCAAUUCCUUAUUUCAUGGGGUUAGCAACGAGCCUCCAACGGAGCAUGUUCAGAAGUUCAUUGAACUUGCGGAGAGUUUGAAGAUCAAUGGUGUCCCCAAAGAUGCUUUGAAGUUGAGGCUAUUCCCCUACUCUCUUGCGGGGAAUGCAUCUCGGUGGCUCAACAAUAAGUCGGCUCUCUCGAUCACUUUGUGGGAGGAUAUGCUCAACAAGUUUAUCACUCGGUAUUUCCCACCUUCAAAGAGGCGCAGAGUGGCACAAGAAGACCACCCACUUUGAGCAAGAGGAAGAUGAGACAUUGAGGGAUGCUUGGGAAAGGUACUCCGACUACUUCCUCCAAUUCCCACACCAUGGAGUCGAGAGCAAUUCCAGAUUGAGACCUUCUAUGGUGGUCUCCACCAAGACGACAAGAUCCUUAUUGACUCAUUAUGUCAAGGGAAAUUGAUGAACAUUGUAAACACCACAUUUUGUCCGGAUAUAACACUUGUGACUUGAAUUUGCGCACCAAAAGAGAGUUUUGAUAUUCGAGAAUGAUAGUCCGGUCUUUCAUUCCAGUUUCGGGUGAGAGCAUUUGAGUUCGACAACAUGGCUUGAAUUCAAAAGGAAACAUGCCAGAGUAUAGGAUUCAAGAAUUAGAAAUUUGGUACAAUCAUUAAAAAUAAUUACAAAUUUACAAU